AAGAGGAAAAAUGAAAACUAUAGCUGCUGAAUAGAAUAAAUCUGUAAUAAUACGUGGAGCGUAUAGUUUCCCGAUUGCUGAUUGCGAUUUCUACUUGUGAUACAAGCAUCAAGUCCGUAAUGCUACAGAACGUUGCGUGCUAGUGUAUAAUUUUAUGUAAUAAAUGAGAUUACGAGACGAUGCGAAGGUAUAAAAUAUUGAAAAUCUCACGUUGCUAUCUCAAUAUGAAGCGGCUUACUGUUGAAGAUACGAAAAGCCAAUCAAAAGCUUAUUAGACUACUAGAUUGCUAGCUACAACUGCCGCAAAGAUGCAAAUGAAAGUUUUGCAGCUGCAUGAGCUGUUGCACGUGCUGGCCUGGUUGGAGGGCACAUGGAUAACAGAUGAGCCUGCAGUGGGCAUAUACCCAACCAUCAAGCCCUUCAAUUAUUACGACGAGAUAAACAUUACAUCCACAGGUCAGCCGAUGUUCAAUUACAUCGCACAGAGCUGGCAUUCAGAUUCAGGGACACCAAUGCAUCGAGAGACCGGCUUCUUCCAGAUCUUACCAGGAACUAACAAGGUCAUACUUAGUCUAAUUGAUAACAUAGGAUUGUUUACGGUCGAACAAGGUGAUCUAAUGGGUGAUAACAGUACCAUCGACUUACACAGCACCAAUAUAUUAACGACAGACGCAUCGAUGCCAUCUUUUCCAACUUUAACAGAGACACGUCGAGUGUACAAACGCAACGGCGACAACUUGGAAUUCGUUUUCUACAUGGCGACAUCGAAAACACCUGAGUUGACGGAACAUUUGCGUGCGAAACACGAUGUCUGCAUAAAUCGGUUACGCAUGAGAUAUAUACAGUAUCUGGAGGAGCAACGCACAAGGGAUGAAAGAAAUCACAAGCUUUUGGCCGCAUUGGACAGAGUUAUGAACAAGCUUGCUCUGAUAAGCGCGAAAAAAGACAGACUCAAUGUUCUCAGAAAACAGUACGAGGCUUAUCUACUUCGCGCUUACGCCAAUCACCGACCACCCGGUAGCGUCACCGAGGACAGCGGUAUCGCCAGUCAGAAUGAGGAUAAAUACACGAAGAAAACCGUCUCGUUGGCACGUCCCGAUUUAGCAUCUGCGGAAAUAAGAAGCGUUUCAUCACCGCGAGUGCAUCCAGGAGCGCCUGGUCCACAUCAGUCAAGUCAGCCAAGGUCUACCUCCGCGUCCAAGUUGCACGUAGAUCAAAUUGCCGUAGACGCUUCAUUAAAUAAUCCUCCAUCAAUUUUGACGACUGCGCCAUUAGGCGUAACUCUCGAUGUCGAUCAUCCUCAGACAAGUGUUCUACAUGGACCGCACAUUUAUGCUCCCAUACCGAACGCCCAUCAAUAUCCGCGAAUGAUACCUUCCAGUUACGACGGAAGUGCGCCUCGCAAUCUUCAGCAUGUUCCGGACAUUCGGGUUUCAUAUGCGGAAGCGCCGGUUUUGUCAGUUGCGCCUUCGGAUAAUCCCAAUCGAUUCUUUAGGGAGCACAUGGAAUCGGCGCAAGUCGCAUCCGGUCUCUCGGCAACUGCGCGGUUUUCCGCUGAAGAUAUCGCACAAUAUGAAAAGAGCGUGCCAGUUCCACACCAAUUCGAUCCCUUGACCUUACGUUAUCAUCAUGACACCAACAUAUUAAUGUCCGAUCCGCGAUCGCGGAUAAGAGAAUACGAUCCGUCCGAUACCGCAGCUGUGGAACAAACCUUAGUGACUGGGAAAUCGAGUACAUACCGAACAGGAUCUGACGCGAACAUCGUUAAUCAGGUCGGUUCACUACCGGGAUACAUGGACUACAUCUUAGCGAGUUCGCAAAAAUCCGAUGACGAAGGAUCCAUUCGUUCUAUCACCAGCGACGACCUGGACAGUUUGAUGAGGCGCAACGAACAUUUGUUGUGGGGCAACGCGGAUGUUGCCAAGACUUUGCGCCGAUCACCGACCGCUUUGGCAACAGACAACCUUAAUCUGGAUGAUAACGGUAGGACAGCAAUUCUAGAGAAAGAACUGGAUCGAUAUAUCAGUAAUAUCCGGAGAAUUCAUCGGGAACAUGGCGUGCAGAGCGUGGACGAACUGGACCACGAGCAGAAUACUAGCGGUGAUCUGUUAAAUGUCUCCCUCACCGAAGAUGGUCUGGAACUUUCAGCCGAGGAUCGGGCGAGGAAGGAGAGGGUACCCGAGGAAAUGGGCAAGAUUCUAGCAUUGGCUAGCGAUCUCGCGUCCAGGACGGCGACUCUGAAGGAUAUUGCACGAGAUUCGGUCGGGCAAAACGAUAGCGCACCCAUGGAAGUCGAGAAUAGAAUUCGACAUCGCGAGAGUGCAAAAAGCGAUGCGUCGGAAUUUAAUGAGAAAAGCGAGGCUGAAAGACGUACGAGAAAUGAAAUUCGUAAAGACGUUGCGACACAUUCAGCGAAAUUAGAUCAGCCGCGCGGAGACGCGCAGAUUGCGAAAGAGGACUGGAAUAACGCGGUCGAUUCAGCCGAGUCGCAGGAACGCGAUCGGGAAAUACCUACUGCGAAGAAAGACAGCGUGAACGAGGAGAUAGCCGCGAGUGACGGAUCACGGAUCGACGAUCCGAAAAGUGCAUCGGAUGAGAAACGACUUGAUUUUGUAACCGGUAAAGAAUCGGAUAUCGAUGGUGUGUUCGAUGCUGCUGAGGAACUGGCGCCGUGGGAUCUUGCGAAUGUGCAGAAAAAAGUUCGCGAGUUACAUUUGGAUGAAACCGACGGAGACCGAGCGGCGGGAAAAAAUGUCGAAGACACGAUGGACGUCAGAGAAGAUAUCGUGAGCGAAUCGCCACGAUUCAUCGAGCAAAACGUGGAUGACGAAGUGGAGAACGCGCGCCCUCCGCAGGAUACACUUCCUUGUUCAGAAAUAGAAACGAAAAGGUUGGACACGAGCGAGGUGAACGAAACCGAGGAGCAAACUGAAACAUGUGAACCUAUCGAGGACGCUCAAACUGUUCUCACUAAUGUUUCGGAUCAACACUUAGUUGAUGAACCUAAGAUCGCAUCGCAACUGGAUGAGAAACUUGGCGAACCAGACGGAAGUGAGAGAAGAAAGUCGGGCAACGACGAGACGACGGAACUUCAAGUCGACGGUCAAUUCGAAGGUGUUGUGAAAGAUAGUGAGUACAGUGCCGAGCAAGGAUACAUUGAGGAUCCGAACCAACCACAGCAGUACGAGCAACAAGAUCCAAAUCAGCAAUAUUACGAUCCAAACAUGCCAUACGAGACUGGUAACGAGGAGUAUUCGAAAUAUGCUGAUCAAGGAUACGCUCAAGAUGGUCAAGAGUACGUCGAGUACGUGGCUGAUCAGUACGAGCAGUACCCCGAAGAUCUCGAUAACCAACAGUACCAGCACUAUCCUGACGGGCGGUACGAGCAGGAUCCGAAUCAAGCGUACGAUUAUGGCUACGACCCCAAUCAGGGAUACGGGGAUCCUGCUCAGCAAUACGACCCCAAUCAAUACGAGAACAAUCCUGACACUCAGGUGUAUGAUUACACUGAGCAAGUUCCCUACGAUCCUAAUCAGACAUAUGAUAACGCAUACGAACAGGAGUACAAGGAGGAACAGCGGAAUCUUAACGAUGACGCCGAGGAUCGUGUGGAGAAACUAGAAGCAGAAGAGACCUCACAGAUACAGGUGGAUUCAGAAUCGGAACACAAAUCGAACAAAGAUGAGGAUAAAUUGCAACAGGCAGACAUUAACGGGGCGAGUCAAUCGAAGAAGAAAAAAGACGUAAUCAAGUCCCUGUUGGAUUCCGACACAGACACGACGAUCGAGAAGAAUGUUUCGAAUACAGAAAGUGAUUUCGAUUUUAAUUAACAUAUGCGACACAUCGAAAGGAUAUUAAACUUGUUGCGGAUGAAGAAAAAUGGCUACGACGUGAUCUCCUUAAACAGAUAUGAGAUUUGCGUCUUCAAAUGCCGACGUGAAUUCUAUGAUUAAAAGAGACGGAUAUGAAUAAUUCUAAUUUUUAUUGAAAUGUGCAAUGAGAGAGAAAAGAGACAUAUAUAUUUAGGUAGGUGAAGCUAAACUAGCGAAUGUUAAUGAGACAAAUGUGAUCUGAGGAGGUGAACGCGCAACUGAAUCUUGAAUGAAUUACAAAAACGAACUCCGUUUGUCCAGUUUAUUCGUGAGAGUGGCUAAAAUAUGGGACAGUGAAUUUAAUUUUAAUUACAGUUUCAAUUAGAGCCCACAAGUUGUAGCGAA